CCAAACAGCCAAGCCCGCAGCCAUUGCGUGCCUCGUAGGGGUGUAGCCCGACUUGUGCUUUGGAAUUGGCUCCCAUGCAAUUAAGCUACAAAAAGAGGCCACAUGGGGCAUGCGCCUCUCUCUCCUACAUGCAGGUCUAGGGCAGGGAUUGAGGGAGCGCUUAGGUGGCUGUAGGUGUCGGCUGGGGAAGGGGGGGCAUUUGUUCCCUGCACUGGAGAGGGCUUGGGUGGGGGGUUUAGCUGCUGCUUGGCAGAAGUUCGGUGAAAGUCUUUUGUCUGCUACUCCCUCGCUGGCGCUCAUCCUCAUCAGCAUGACGACAUCUCUAGACUACCUGGUCAUCCUCUUCGGGACCACCGCGGGGGCCAACGGGGCUCGCCUGGGCUCCGAUGAGAGAGAGUUGAUCCAACUACUGUGGAGAGUGGUGGAUCUGGCCAACAAGAAGUUGGGAAGUCUUCAUGAAGUGUUGAUCGGGCCUGACCACUUGGAGCUGACGGACGAGAGCAAAGAAGAAACCAAUAUCACUGAGGACCGCUUGUCGUUUGCCCCGCCACUGGAGCAAGCUCUGAGACAGUUUAACCAGUCUGUGAGCAAUGAACUAAAUAUUGGUGUAGGUACUUCGUUCUGUCUCUGCACAGAUGGGCAGCUUCAUAUCAGGCAGGUUCUACAUCCUGAAGCUUCCAAAAAGAACAUCUUGUUGCCCGAGUGUUUCUACUCAUUUUUUGAUCUGCGGAAAGAAUUCAAGAAAUGUUGUCCAGGCUCGCCGGAAAUUGACAAACUGGAUGCUAAAACAAUGGCACAGUAUCUGAAUCUUGACGAGAACGGUGCAGCACAGCAUUUUGGAGUAUCUCAGGUGGAAGACAUGGGAAACGUCAUUUUAACCCUAAUUUUGGAACCAUACAAUCACAGGUUUUCAGAUCCAGAAAGGGUAAACUACAAAUUUGAAAGUGGAACCUGCAGCAAGAUGGAGCUUGUAGAUGAUAACACUGUAAUCCGAGCAAGAGGUUUGCCAUGGCAGUCAUCAGACCAGGACGUUGCUAGGUUCUUCAAAGGCCUGAACAUUGCCAAAGGUGGGGCUGCACUUUGCCUCAAUGCACAAGGCAGGAGGAACGGAGAAGCUCUUAUAAGGUUUGUAAGUGAAGAGCACAGAGAUCUAGCAUUGCAAAGACACAAGCAUCACAUGGGGAACCGGUAUAUUGAGGUGUACAAAGCAACUGGUGAGGACUUCUUGAAAAUUGCUGGAGGCACAUCUAACGAAGUAGCUCAGUUCCUGUCUAAAGAGAACCAAGUGAUUCUUCGGAUGCGGGGCCUCCCGUUCAAUGCAACAACAGAUGAAGUGUUGGCAUUUUUUGGUCAGCACUGUCCCGUAACUGGUGGAAAAGAAGGGAUUCUUUUUGUGACGUAUCCUGACAGUAGGCCAACAGGGGAUGCAUUUGUGUUGUUUGCUUGUGAAGAAUAUGCACAGAAUGCAUUGAAAAAACACAAGGACUUGUUGGGUAAAAGGUACAUAGAACUCUUCAGGAGUACAGCCGCUGAGGUCCAGCAGGUACUGAACAGGUACUCAUCUGCUCCUCUUAUUCCUCUCCCAACUCCGUCCAUCCUUCCUGUAUUACCUCAGCAAUUUGUACCUCCUACCAACGUCAGGGACUGCAUACGGCUGCGUGGCCUUCCCUAUGCUGCCACUAUAGAGGACAUUUUGGGUUUCUUGGGGGAGUUUUCUGGAGAUAUCAGAACUCAUGGGGUUCACAUGGUGUUAAAUCACCAGGGUCGUCCCUCCGGAGAUGCUUUUAUCCAAAUGAAAUCUUCAGACCGAGCCUUUAUGGCUGCUCAGAAGUGCCAUAAGAAGACCAUGAAGGACCGAUACGUUGAAGUCUUUCAGUGUUCUGCUGAGGAGAUGAACUUUGUAUUAAUGGGGGGCACUUUAAAUCGAAAUGGCUUAUCCCCACCACCAUGUAAGUUACCAUGCAUUUCUCCACCGUCAUACUCAUUUCCUGCUCCUGCAGCAGUAAUCCCAACAGAUGCAGCACUCUACCAACCCUCUAUGCUCCUCAACCCCCGGACACUUCAGCCUUCCACAGCAUACUAUCCAGCUGGCACCCAGCUCUUUAUGAACUACACGGCAUAUUACCCUAGUAUGCAGCAGAGAAUGGAUCUGUACACACAGAUGAGUCGGCCAGGUCAGUGCCCAAAGAAUGGGUUUGUCUUUAAAGGUCCGAGCAGUUAGAUUUUCUUAACUAAGGCUCCACUUAACUUCCUGCACAACUUCAGCCAGCCAAAUGGCGAUUCCGCUGACUUCACUCCUAAUUCUACAGUGGCUGAAACCUUCUAGCACAUGAAAAGCUUCCACUGUCUUGGAUAUCUGUCAUUUUCUAUUUGUGUGUGUAUGGUUUUUUUUUUUUAAUUAAAAUAAAAUAACUAAGCACAUGCAUACUUGGCCAUAGGGAUGCUCCCCACCCCCACCCCAGGUGUAAACAUGCCAUUUAAAGCUUCCGGGACACUCACUACUUUGAAAGCACAGCUGCCAAAUUCACAAGGAAGGAAUAUUGUUGGGGUUUCUUUCCACCUCUGUAUUCAAAGUGUUCAAUUCUCCUAUCGCACAAAGGAUCCUACUUGAGAUAAGGUCACUGCUAAAAAACAAAUGUUGGAAAAGUAUACCGUGACAAACCAACUUUUCAUUUUUAUUUGCACACAACUAUUUUUAUAUAUGUAUAUAAAAGGGGGGGUCUUAAGACCUUGGAAUUGUGCCUUUUGGCUUUUUAUAAGCAAAAAAAAAAUGUUUACUUUGUGUUGUAUAUAUUUAUUUGUUUAAAAAGUUGUCUUCGGAUUCUAGCCAGGCUUACUUGUAGGAAUGGUUAAGAAUGCAAAAUGCAAUAUUUUGAGGGGGGAAAUACUGUAACAUUUUUGUAAUAUAUAUUAUAUAUAUGCAUAUAAAGUAUAAAAAUUAAUGCUCUAAACUUGUAUAUUGCACAUACUGAUUACUGUAUAUUUAAGUUACUGUCCCAGGAUAUUCUAAUGUGGGGAAAUGGGGUUAUUGUUACAGCACAUAAACCUACCAAUCCUGAUCUUCCACAAUACAGAACUUAGAAUUACUAGUAUCGUAUUGAAAUCUGACAGUGGGAAAUCAUGGGAGACACAAUAUUUGCUCACAGUGGUCUUGACUACGGAGGCAGUAAGUAGUUUGGAUGGUAUUGUAAGUUUUGGGGGGAACUUUAGUCCAGAAACCCUCAUUUUAACUUUUAGUUCCUGCCCUCUCUGCUGAAUUAAAGACUACACUGUUAUCUAAAUCAUUUAAAAAUCAAUUAAAAAGAGCUAUAUCACUGCUGUAGAAUUGUUUUUGAGCUGCUCUACUUGGAUUUUUUUACUAAUCUGCUGUGUGGAUGCUCCUUGACUUACAUUGCAUUUGCAUCUUCCACAAGUAUUAAAACUGUUUUAAAUCUA